AUGGUCGCUGUUCCGCACUAUGUCAAGUCGGUGACUCUUAAGAAUUCGACGUCGCAUCCUGUAAAGGUAAUUGCCACUUUUGGCUCGGACGAGAUGGAGGCAGAAGGGAAAAAGAAGAUACAGGAGAUACGUGAGCUCUCGCCCGGAGCGGAAGUGAGUAUUCAGGAACACGAGUACGAUAUGGGCGGCUGGACGGCUGUAGCUGCACUUUAUUCGCUGGAAGUAGAGCACUCACAGGACAGUGGACUACUGAGCAAGACGUUGUAUACGCCUAGCGUCAGCGGCAUUGUCGACGUAUUGCAUGUGGACAUUACUGCGGACGAGAGCGCCAAGAGCUUUAAAGUCACAGCUGUGCGUGAGAGCUGA